CUUUGCUUCUAUGGCGGAUCUGAGAGCUGCUGUCACUCACGAAGUCUGUGUCGACUGUAAAUAAAACAUAAAAACGGUCAUUUACGCUGAUUUCACUCCGUCUAGCACAAGAUCAAUAUUGAGGCUUGGGCUUCAGCUGCUUUGGAGCGCCAGGUGAGGGUCUUUAAUGCUGAAAUAAAGCAUCUCCCGAAAGUGACCGGCAGUGCGCUCAUGGCGUCUCUGUCAGAGGAGGUGCUGUUGGUGGUGAAGAGGGUCCGUCAGAGGAAGCAGGAUGGAACUCUGUAUCUGAUGGCCGAGCGGAUCGCCUGGGGUCCGGAGGGGAAGGACCGCUUCACCGUCAGUCAUCUGUAUGCUGACAUCCGCUGUCAGAAGAUCAGUCCUGACGGCAAAGCAAAGGUCCAGCUUCAGUUGGUUCUGCACACGGGCGAAAGCAGCACUUUUCAUUUCGCCAAUGUGAGCACGGCACUGAAGGACAGAGAUGCCACCAAAGAACUCCUACAGCAACUCCUGCCCAGGUUCAAGAAGAAAGCCAACAAAGAGCUGGAGGAGAAGAACAGGAUGCUGCAGGAAGACCCCGUUCUGUUUCAGCUCUACAAGGAUUUGGUGGUGAGUCAGGUGAUCAGCGCUGAGGAGUUCUGGGCCAAUCGGCUGAGCUUGAGUUCUGUAGACCACUCGCUUUCCAACAACAACAAACAGGAAGUGGGCAUCUCUGCUGCCUUCCUGGCCGACAUCAGACCGCAGACGGACGGCUGCAACGGUCUGCGCUACAACCUGACGUCUGACAUCAUCGAGUCGAUCUUUAGAACCUAUCCUACUGUGAAGCAGAAAUACGCCGAGAACGUUCCUCACAACCUGACCGAGAAGGAGUUCUGGACGCACUUCUUUCAGUCUCAUUACUUCCACAGAGAUCGACUCAACACGGGCCAGCAGGACAUCUUCUCCGAGUGUGCCAAACAGGAUGAGAAAGGUCUGAAGUCCAUGGUGACUCAGGGUGUGAAGAACCCCAUGGUGGAUUUGCUCGCUCUGGAGGAUAAAACAUUAGAUGAGGGUUAUGGCACAGCGGCGGCUCCCUCCACCUCAAACGUGACCAAAACACUGAGAGAAAACAGCAACUGUGCCAUUAUCAAACGCUUCAAUCAUCACAGUGCCAUGGUGCUCGCCGCCGGCCUGCGCAAAGUGGAAGCCUGCAGUGAUCAGACCAGUGAAACCAGCAGCACUGAUGGAAACUCCAGAGACUCGGAUCUCUUCCAGCCGCCGCUGAAAAAGGUGAAAUUACAGGAAGCCAUCGAAUAUGAUGAUCUGCAGAGUGACUGCCGCCGCAAACCCAUUUCUCUGAACCUGAAGAAAUCUGACAGAUAUUCUCACGGUCCGGUUCCUCUGCAGUCACAGCCGUACACCAGCAGUCAGGACAUCUUAAACUCCAUCGGUGUCAUCCAGCACGAGAUGAAGAGUUAUAAACCCCGCCUGACUCAGGUGAUGUCCAGCAGCGCGGCGAGCUCGGCCAUCACGGCUCUCUCUCCUGGAGGCGUUCUGAUGCAGGGUGGAAGUCAACAGACUGUUAACCGUGAGUCUGCACAUGUACUGCACAAACAUCUUUACCUCCAACAUUUACACUCCAAUGCAUCUCUCUCUCUGUCUCUCUCUCUCUCACUCUCUAAUGUAGAGUUAGUGCCCAGUGACGUUCAGAGCGAGCUGAAGCAUUUGUAUACAGCGGCCGGAGAGCUGCUCCGACACUUCUGGACGUGUUUCCCUGUUAACACUCUGUUCCUGGAGGAAAAGGUUGUUAAGAUGCAGUCCAACCUGGAGCGAUUUCAGUUGACUAAACUCCGCCCCUUUCAAGAGAAGAUCCAACGGCAGUAUUUGAGCGCUAAUCUCACGGGUCAUCUGGAGGAAAUGCUUCAGGCUGCAUACAGUAAAUUCCAAGCCUGGCAAAGCCGUCGAAUGACGAGGAAGACCUGAGAAGAUCCAGACAAAGUGUUCGCUUUGAAAGAGAAAAAAGACUCUAGCUCAAAUAACAAAAGGGAGAGGAGGAAACACACGCUCUCCCGGCUUGGGCCGACUCGGGUCAGUGCUGGAGGUGCUGGUGGGCGUGUCUGCCUGGGGGAGGGGCUUGGAGAGGGUCACGCUGUCAUCGUCCAUGUGGAGAUAAACGGUUUAUAACGGUUUUUUUUCUCUCUUUAUAUUUUGUUGGUUCACUUCGGUUUUGUUCCGUUCUGUUUCCUGUUGUUUCAGUGGAUAAUUUAAUUUCCGUGGUAAGAUGUGACAUUUUAACAGUCUUGUAUUUCUACGAUGACCAAACUGGGCGUAAUAAACCGGUGGAAGGUUUCUCAGGAAUUUAUAACGUUUAAUGCAAAGGACUGUUUGAGCGAGACGUUUUUUAAGUGGAUGACUGCAAUCCAGUUCAACUCUCCCGAGACACGAGUCAGUUGUUCAAGACAAGCUGACGGGAGGAAAUAUAGCAAUACUGUAAAUAAUAUAAAUUCUCCGUAAUGCAUUAACUGAUCUGUGUGACAGCACUGCGUGUUAAUGCUUCUGCUGCAGCUGCACUGAGUUGUAGAUGUCAUUUCAAAUAAAGUCAUCAA